AUGACCUUUGUAUUAGACGGCACGGAUGACGGUGGGGAGCAGCUGUUGGUGUCCGCUUUGGACGCGGAUUGCCUGGGCUUUGUCAUUCGGCAUGCCGACGCCUCGGCAGCUGUCCACGCUUUGCUGUCUGCGUCGCGCCGGGCCGUUCGUCGCGCCAGACUCCGCCUCCUGCUGCUGCCGGUGGAUAGAGACCAUCCCGUCAACGCAAGCGACGUCUUUGGUCUCGCAGACAUCAAGCUCGUCCCUGAUAUUCUGGUGGCCAGGACAGCGGAUAAGGGAAACAGCUUCGAGCUGGUGACAGUAAAAUUUACAGGUCAAGCGACAUGGCGGGACGAGCUGACGGCGGCGCGGUGGUACUCCGGGAGCGGCUUAGACCGGCCACUGGCCGAGCCGUUUCCUAGCAGGCUGACAAACUUGGAGGGCCGCCAGUUGGUUUUCGCGACUCUUCACUAUCCCCCAUACGUCGUACUGGAAGGGGCUCCAGGAAUCCUCGACGGCACAGAGACGCGCAUUCUUAGCGAAUUCAUCAAUAAGGUGAAUGCCAGUUGGCAAGUGACGGAAUACGCCGAGGAGAAGUGGGGCGCCAUCUGGGACAACAACGGUUCCGGAAACGGCAUCUUGGGCGCGGUGGUGAACGGCGAGGCGGACGUGGCGUACGCGGCGGUCUACCAGUGGUUCCACGAGUACCUGUUCAUCGACUACACGCGGCCCUACGUGCGCACCGGCAUCACGUGCCUGGCGCCGCGGCCGCUGGUGCAGUCCGGCUGGCAGGUGCCGCUGCUGCCCUUCUCGGCCAACUUGUGGGCCGCCGUCGCAGCCUCCGUCCUGCUCGCCACUAUCGCUCUCUUCGCUACCAAGAUGGCUACCACCUGGGAUCAUCAUCCGAAGAGGGAGUCGUUAUCGGAGAAAGGUGGUGUUGUUGGAACAGAAUAUCCCAGAGUAGUGUUCCGUACAGGCAGCGUUGGUGGUGCUGCGGAUGGUCGCUACUCGACGGUGGAGGACUGCUUCUUCCGGUCGGUGGGUCUGCUGGUGCUACAGGCGCCGGACGUGGAGCGGCGCCACACACGUGUCGUGGGCCCCACGCGCCACGUGCUGUCCUGGCUGCUGAUCGCCUACCUGCUCGUCACCGCCAGCUACGGCAGCGGACUCUCCUCCGUGCUCACCGUACCCAGGUACGACCCUCCCAUUGACACCGUGUCUGACCUGCACCACAGCGGCCUGGAGUGGGCAGAGACGCACAUUGCGUGGCUCAAUUCACUGCGAGAGCGAACCGAGGAGAUCUUCAGAGACCUCUGCCGGCGUUUCCGCGUGAUGAAAGAGGGCGAUCUGCACGCCAGGACCACAACGCGGAACCUAGCCUUCCCCAUGGAGCGGCUGCCUUCAGGUAAACUAAAUGGGGGCGUCUGCUGA